CCAUUACCUCAAGAAAUAUGGAUCAAAGAGAAGAAACAGCAAUAGAAAAGAGAAACGUGUAUAUCAAGGAAACAAAUAUCUUUGGAAAGAAAAUUAGGGUUUUCUAUAAAAUGAGAUUCGAUUACUUAUGUUUUUGUAAAACGGAGCUUAAAUCUCGCAAUUUCAUGGGUGGUAAUGGUGGUGGAGGCCAUCAAUCUCCCUAACAAAUUACUAAAUCAAAAAAACUAAAUUAUAACAUUAUAAAACGAUUCCGGUCGUUAUGGAGAACCGUUGACUUUAGUUUGAGCCGUUUCUAUUUAUACAAAGAACACCAACUAUG